AUGUAUCCGUCGUCGUCACCGAUCAAUGAGGAUUCCAUCAGUCAGAUUGUAGAUGCUGGUUUUGGGAGAGAUCAGGCAAUACAGGCCUUGAGGAAAUGCAAUAAUAAUGUUGAGAGAGCCUUCGAUUUGUUAUUGGCAGCUUCGGAUGAUCCGAGUGUAUUAUCGAUGGAGAAUGAUCAGCAGUCUAAUAAUCAAGUAGCUGUUGUUCAUCAUCACCAUCAUCAUGAAGAUGAACCUACAAUUGAUGAUACAGUUGUGUAUGGAGGAUCUAAUCAUCAUCACCAUCAUCACUCUGCAGCAGAUGAUGUAGUAAAUAGAUAUAAUUAUGAUUCUGAUGAUUCCACAACUGCUACAACAAGUGGAGAAGUCUCUCCAGUCAUGUACACUUCUAAUAAUGAAUUUAAACAUCAUCACAAUCAACAUCAUCAUCAUGAACAAGAAGAAGAAAAGCAUAUUGAUGAUCCUGAUAUGCCAAACCUUGAGGAUGACACUGUAAUUAGCAAUAGUCAUAGAAAUGAUGAUUUCUACUUUGAUACAUCCUUUGAUCAACUCUCUCCGACAACUGUUAAUAAUAAUAGACACAAUACCGAUGAUGAUUACUUUUCAACGAAUAAUAAUAACAAAAAUAAUAGACAAUUCUCAUCAUCAAAUAAUACUAGCUUUGAAGAUGAUGCACUCAAUAGAGCCAUUGAAGCAUCAUUACAAGAUCAAAAACGAGAUUCUGAACCAAAAUCUCCUAUUGAGAAAUAUAGAAAACAACUACAUGUUCCUAUUGGAUUGAAAAAUAUUGGAAAUACUUGUUAUGUCAAUUCGUUAUUUCAAGCACUUUUUAUGAUUCCCAAGUUGAAACAAUUGUUAUUCUCAUUUUCUGAGGAGAGUUUUAUGAGUAGAGUUCAAGCAAAGAUUGAAAAAUCAUUAACCACUACAAGUAGUGCAACAACAGAUAAGAGGAUUACUCAACAUCAACAAGUUUACUCUAAUGAGAAUUUACAAAAGCAAGCAGAUAAGGAUUUGACAUUCAUUAAGGAAUCUCAAAAAUUGUUUGCAAGUAUGAUCAUGACUAACAAGACAUUUAUUGAUCCAUCUCCUCUUGUAGAGGCUCUUUCAAAGGAGGGAAUUGAUGUCAAUCUUGGACAUCAAGAAGAUAUUAGUGAAUUCUAUAGUAAGGUUUUGAUCCUACUUGAGAGAAUGUUCUCAGAGGAAUGGGAAGAAAAAAUCGAGAACAAGACCAACAAUAUCAGUCUUGAAAACCCAAUCAAACAAAUUUUCUAUGGUAUCUGUACAGAAGAGUUGGAGUAUUUGGAUACAGAGUCAACAAAAGUCUGUAUCAGUAAAUACUCUGAACUUUGUAAUUUAAUUUUGAAUGUGAGUGAACAGCUGAAAGAUUUUUAUUCUUCUCUCGAUGAUUAUUCUAUCACUGAGGUUGCAGAUUAUGCUGUCAGCACAUCUUACAAGACAAAAGCUGUAAAAACUACCUGGUUUAAAACACCACCACCUGUAUUAUUAGUUCAACUCCAAAGAACCUCUUUUGAUACUACCAAAAAGGUUGCUCACAAGAUUAAUCUACCAUUUGAAUUCCAAGAGGUGAUUUAUUUGGAUAGAUAUCUGGAGACGAACAAAGUUAAAACUACAACUAAACGAGAAAAUAUCAAACAAAUCAAACAAAAGAUUGCAGAUUUGGAAAAACAAUUAGAUGGCUAUUUAAAUUAUAAUGAUAAUAAGGGAAUUUCCAUUGAAUAUUUAUUUGCAGGCGCUCUCGAAUAUGUAGCUCAAUAUCAACACGAGCUAUCAGGAGGUACCUCUGUUCAAUCUAUUGAAAGUGCUGUCAAGGUAUUUGAGAAUAUAAGACAACAAGUUUCUAAAAAGGUUGAAAAGUUAAAGAAUGAAAUCGAUACUCUCAAAGAAAAUGUUGCUACCAUGUUCGAUGAUAUGAAGGAGAAACCAUACGAUCUGUGUGGUAUUCUAGUUCAUGAAGGAAGCUUGGCUUCGAGCGGACAUUAUUACAUUUACUAUUUUGAUACAGGUCAAAAUUGUUGGUGGAAAUUCAAUGAUAUGAAGGUGACUGAGGUUACUGAAGAGGAAGUCAUGAGAACUUCAAGUGGUAUUGACAAGGAUAUCAACUCUAGUGCUUACUGCCUCUUAUAUGUGGAUAAUAGUAGAGUUAAUUUGGAAGAGAAAGACUUUAUUUCAAAGGAUAAGCAUCUCCAAGAUUCUAUCGAGCAGAAUAUCAAGGAGCUCAAGGAAUCCUUGAAGAAAUUGAAGAAGGCAGACAGCUGUCAUGAUGAUCAUCAUCACCAUCAUCACCACCAUCAUGGCUGUUGCAGUGGACAUCACCACCAUCAUAAUGAAGAACAUAAUGAUCAAGAAGCUAAACCUGCCACCGUUGAAGAAAAAAUUCCAACAGAGCACUCUGGACUCGAAGUUGAUUCGCUUGAGCAAAUUAUCGCCGAUUAUCCUAAAACUUACAGAGAUGUUCUCAUGGAAAUAUCCAUUGAGAGAUGGAGAGCUAUCAUUCCAAAAGAGGUUCAGGACGAAUUGAAUUUCCAAAACAAAAAGUUUAUUGAGGAGCUUAAUAUUUAUAUUGAACAACAAAAGGAAAAGAGAGAAAGGGAGAAGAAGCAAUUCCAACACCAAUAUAAUGAGCUCUGCAAUAAGUGCUUCCAACUCUGUCAAGGUCAGGUCAAUAGCACUUACACUUACUCCAUGUCCUUGCAGUAUGAUGCAAGAAUUGCCAACUAUCCAGUGUUCCUCUGUGCCAUAGAUCAAAUUGUUCCAAUGAAGUAUACCAUUGCCGAUCAAGUAUUCUACUCACUCUUCCAGAGAAAGCUCUUGGAUUUGUGUGCAAGCUCUGAAAAAUCCGAUCAAAACAAAUUCAACGAAUACAUGGCACUUGUGAACUUGACUGUGGAUGACAUACCAAAUACCAAGGUGGUAUCUUCUUUGAAUGAGUUGUACUCAUUAUUCUGCUUUGUUGCAACUUGGUAUCAUUAUGGAUUGCAUUAUUUGUACAGAAAGACAUUUGAUAGAUCUAUUAGCUCAUUCUUGAUGGGUAUUAUUUAUGAUAAGGAGCUCACAGAAUUACAUGGAGAUAAGAAAUUAAGUAGAGAGAAGGAUAUUCUCACAUACACUGCUGUCUGUUUACAACAAAUUUAUUCAAGAGGUUUAAAGACAAUUUCAAAGAAUUUCAAGGAAGCUAUGAAUUGGAUCAAAUACUCGAUUGAGUAUCUUCCUCUUGUUUGGAAUAGUACUCUCUCCACAAACGAUUUUGUUAUGGAUAAGAUUUUGAAUUAUUUCCCAACGUAUAUCAAUGGCAACAAUGUUAGAAUUCAACACUAUUGCUCCCAACAAGAAAUUGAGGAAAUUAUCAGCUAUUGGCAAUACCUGCAAGGACAUGUUAUUUUCCGAAAUUAUAAUAUCAGAAAGGAACUCAAGGCACUUGAGAAACAAGAGAAUUCAUCACCAGAAUUUUUGGAACUUGUCCAACAAAAGACACAAUUGCUCAAGAGUACCAAUGCUGAAAUUAAGAGUCUGAAGCAACAAUUGCUCUCUCAAAACAGAGAAUCCUAUCAUAUUCCAUUCCCAGAUGAUGCUGAAAGAUUGGCCAAAGCAAUUUCUUCUGAAAUUCACAAUGUUGAAAUGGAAUAUGCCAGAGACAUUCAAAUUCAACCAAUGUUGAAUAAUGAUACUGACUUGUUAGAAGAGGAUGAAUUUACUGAAACAGUUGCAGACCAUUCAACAACCACAACGACUACAUCCAAAUAUCGUGUUGAAACUGAUGUUGAUAGCCCACCAGAAAAGUCAUCAGAAGUUACACCAUCUGGAACCUCAGGUUCACGACCUUCCUCUCCAUCUGAUCAGGAAUAUGAUUUGGAUUAAACUUUAAAACCUCUCAAAUAUAUUUAUAUUUGGGAAUGAAUUUACAGAAUUGAGGAGAAAAUACGAGAAACAGUGAUAAAAGUAAUUA